AUGGAAAACACUCAAAAGAUACCAACAAUAAGAAUAAUAAACAAAGGAGAAACAUACGCUAUAAACAAGGCAGUAGACCAACAGAGCCCAAAUAAACCAACAAGUGAAGUACAGGACUGCUCAAAUACAAAAGAAGUAGAAAUGGAAAUAAUACAAGAAGACGACGUAAAGAGCAAUACCAACAAGGAUCUACCACAACAUAACGAAAGCUGGAAGACUGUAACUCCCAGCAAAGAAGGAAAAAUAAACUCAAACACAAACGAUAGGAGGACCACAGAAACAAAAAGACGACAAUGGCUACAAGAAAUUCCUACACAAAGCUCCUUCAGCUCACUGACAGAAGAGAUGGACACAGACCCUACAGAAAAACCAAGAACACACACUCCUAAGCCACCGCCAAUCUACAUAGACGCAAAAAUAAUAGACUCCCUCAUUGAUCUGCUAAACAGCACGGCAGGAAAAGAAAACUACACUAUCAAACAGCUCAAACUGGAACAGGUAAAAGUACAAACUAAUACCCCAGAAACCUAUAGAAAAGUAACUAAAGCGCUAAAGGAAAAAAACGCUGGAUAUCACACUUACCAACCCAAAUCCGACAAGAGCUACGAAGCAGUAAUCAGAGGUCUACACCCAAAAAUAAAUACAAACAAAAUAUGCGAGGAAUUGGCCAAGAUCGGACACCAGGACAACACAGAACCUACGUCAACACCAAAAACACAGCACGCAAGGAACAAUAACCACACUAACACCAAUACCGCUAGAAACCGAAGCUACGCGGAAGUAGUCAACCGGUCGUCACCCUUAGACAAUCAAGAACAGAACAACCACAGCAACGACGCUACAAAAAUCAAAGAGUUAAUAAAACACUCAAUGAAAAAUACCGAAAUACUCACAAAAAUGAUAAGCGACCAAAACGAACUCCUCAGACAGCAAACACAGCAGAUAACAGUCAUGUUACAAUUACUUACUAACAUGAUGAGCAAAAAAUAA